UUUUCUGACAUGGCCAUUGCAAGGCCUCCAGGUUUGGACUUUGAUUACAACUGGCCAGAGAGUGCAGAAUGCCUUACACUGGAUUUUGGACCCUUUGAGACCGUACACCGAUGGCGUCAGAUGCCACACUGUGAUGAAUUUGUGGGAGCAAGGUCUCUACAUAUUUCAGUUAUUUUCAUGAACCUCAUCCAUGUCUGUGCAUUUAAUCCAUGGUUUGUACAGUGGCCAUUCCGGGCUCGCUUCACAGGGGGCUAUACUGGGGACAUCCACUCCAAUUCAAACCUGGCCAACAAGAAUGACCUGUUUGAGUACAAUUUUACGACUGGUCAGUGGACUGAAUGGAAGUUUGAAGGCCGCAUGCCAGUACCUCGAUCAGCCCAUGGAGCAGCAGUGUAUGAUAAUCGCCUCUGGAUCUUUGCCGGCUAUGAUGGCAAUGCACGUCUAAAUGAUAUGUGGUGCGUCUCCUUACUAGGUGACUCAAGGACCUGGGAAGAAGUACCGCAACGAGGUGACUGUCCACCAACAUGCUGCAACUUCCCCGUGGCUGUGGCUCGCGAUAGCAUGUUUGUCUUCUCUGGCCAGAGUGGUGCAAAGAUCACCAACAGCCUUUUCCAGUUCCACUUCAAGGACAAAUACUGGAGCAGGAUCUCUACUGAACAUAUCCUCCGUGGUGCACCUGCGCCACCCACUCGUCGUUAUGGGCACACCAUGGUUUCCUUUGACCGACACCUGUAUGUUUUCGGAGGAACUGCUGACAGCACUCUACCAAAUGACCUGCAUUGCUUUGACCUGGAUUCUCAGACAUGGUCCAUUAUUCAGCCAUCCCCGGAUAGUGAGGUUCCAUCAGGACGUCUAUUCCAUGCGGCUGCUGUGGUUGGGGAGGCCCAGUACAUAUUUGGUGGCACUGUGGACAAUAAUGUACGAAGUCGCGAGAUGUUCCGCUUCCAGUUCUCCUGUUACCCAAAAUGUACACUGCAUGACGACUUUGGUCGCCUACUCGAAACACAGCAGUUUUGUGACGUGCAGUUCCUCGUCGGUCUGGAAGAGGUGUCCAUUCUGGCACACGUGGCUUUUGUGGCGGCUCGGUCAACUUGGCUUCGUGACAAAAUCCGCCGGGCACGAGAGGCGCUGGUCAUAGCUGAGGCCGAGGCUGCUUUUGAUAGGUGGGGGAAGCGUCUAUUCACAGGAGCCACACUUCAGGUGCGGCUCCCGGAUGCUGUGCCUGAGGCAUUCGAACUUGUGCUUACUUACAUCUACACAGAUCGCAUUGAUCCCACCAAAAAAGUGAGCGAGCUUUCUUCAAGCCGGGACCCCAUGAGCGACCGCAUUGUUCUUCUUAUGAUGGAUGUCUACAGGCUGGCUGUUCAGUUCCACAUGAGGCGCUUGGAGCACCUGUGCGUCCAGUACCUCGAGGCAGCCAUCAACCAUCGCAAUGUCCUUGUUGCCUUGCAAAAUGCCUCUGACCUACGUCUGGACUUCAUCAAGGAGUUCUGCCUGAAGUUUAUUGUGAAGGAGAGCACCUACAACCAGAUUGUGAUGAGCAAGGAGUUCGAGACCAUUGCCCAGCCACUCAUGGUGGAGAUAAUACGACGCCGACAGAUGCCUGCUGUGCGAUCACUGCUUGAGCCAAUGUUCGAUUAUGCUGGCACAACAUUGGAGCAAGACAUGGAGAUUUUUCUGAAGGAGACGGGUCGUGAGUUUUGUGACAUUACACUGUUGCUUGAUGGCCACCCGAUUCCAUCUCACAAGUCGGUGCUUGUAGCUCGGUGCAGCUACUUCGAAGCUAUGUUCCGGUCGUUUAUGCCAGACCACAACACUGUUAAUAUUGCCAUUGGAGAGAUGAUUCCAUCCCUACAGUCCUUCAACACGCUGCUGAGGUAUAUCUACUAUGGUGACGUCAGUAUGCCCCCUGAAGAUUCUUGUUACCUUUUCUCGGCACCCUACUUCUAUGGCUUUACUAACAAUCGUCUACAAGCCUUCUGCAAGGAGAAUCUGGAGAUGAAUGUAACAUUUGAAAAUGUUAUUCAGAUUCUGGAAGCAGCUGACAGAAUACAGGCUACAGACAUGAAAAAGCAUGCCCUUAGCCUCAUUGUGCAUCACUAUCCGAAGGUUGCAAGACUGCCAAAGAUAAGGAGCCUUAGCAAAGACCUUCUGCUCGACAUACUGGAAGCGCUCGCAGAUGACAUGAGUGAUUCCAAGCUUUGUCAGGAUGUGUCAUCAGCGAGCCUGUGCAGUGAUUCUGCGGGAUCUGCAAGCUUAGUCUUAGAUCCAAGCCCUUACCAUGAAAGUGGCUGCAAAUGAACCUUAGUUAGAACAACUGUGGUACAAACACUCGCUUGGGCUCAUAGUGGCGGCAAACUAUACACCGACAUAGUGUGCCACUAAGGGGGCAGCAAGGUAGACUAGCAACUACUGGAAUAUGAAUGUCUACCCAUAACUGACGAACUUGUCAACUAGCGAAUUGCCCAAGCCACCUUGACACAGCGUAGAUUGGUGCCUUUAGUAAAGUGGUAGCAUCACCUGCGUCAGCUUUUGCUGUAGGUGCAAAGACUGCCUGACGCGACCACCAUUCCUUAUGUAUGGCAUAUCUCACUGUGCUGUUAUGCGAACGUGAAACAGCACCUGUCCUGUCGUUUCUUUCUCAUUCCACCUUUUUUUUUUUUUUUUCAGACUAUUUCUCUUCUUGAAGGCUUACCAGCAGGCUCAAGUUCAAUCCCGUUAUACUGAACAUAUUAUCUGCUACACUCUGCAACAUAUCAGUGAGCUGGGUCUCAGAAAGGACGGGCACAUAAAACCAUUAGAUCCACCCCUCAAGUGCUUUUGCUGAAAGGACAGCACGAUGUGGCAGCAAAGCGGAAUGCUUCUCUCAUCUCCGUGUCCCACCUUCAAAAGCAUGGCUUAAACACUAAGGCUGAUAUGUGUGUGUGACAGCAUUGGCUAUUAAGUAAGCUACAUAUAUACGAGAGAGAACAAGUGGUCUCUAUGGCAUUUACUUACAAGAAACAUGUUCCAAACACAUCAGGACUCCAGUUAAAUAAAGGUCAGUAUAUCUCAUCAAUAGUGACAUACCAUAUCAGGGUGUGUUGUAGGGCUCCAUCUAAUUUCUGGCUGACUAUUCUGUGCGAGCAUCUUUUGUAAAUGUUCGCAUGGAAGGAAGUCUUCUAAUUUGCAAAAUAUGAGCACUCCUGUCAAUUUAUCAUGCAUACCCUGGUGUCCAUCUUAGGAACAUGUCCGAAAUGUACCUAUUUGCAGAAGUGUCUGUGUUUCUUGAUAAAAGAUGGGUCCUGCAUUGAGCUGCAGAUUGGUAAUUGGAAGAUGGACAUGUUGUGAGUAUUUCGGCAUAUUUGCCCAGUGUGGCAGAAUAAAGUUCAUUUUAGCUGCUUAUUCUAUGGGCAAGUACUUGUACUGAGGUUGCUCAUGAAAUGUCUGUGUAAACUGAGCUAAAAACGGUGCAAUGAAAGGACUAGACUGUGAGAGGAUGAACUGCAUGAAUGAUAGUGUAUGCUGUUGGCCUUGUAUGAUGUUAAUGCGCACAUGUGCCCCAUGUAUAUAUCCAAGCAUUCGUGCUAUGAAUAAAUCAGUUGGAAGUGAGCA